AUGGAGCUCGGUUACAUGCUGCUGAAUAACGUGAGGAAGCACCUCCUAUAUUUCAAAAUGGAGAUUGGUAGUUCUUCUGGAGUCAGAGAUAGAACCCAUUCGCCAGAAAUAGAGUAUAGUGAAGAAGAUGAAGAGGAUCUUGAGGAGGAUCCUGAGGAGGACCCAGAAGAGGCUCCAGAGGAAGAAUCAGAAGAAGAUCCUGAAGAAGAGGACUUUGAAGAAGAGGAACUGUUAGAUGAAUCAGAUGUUGAGGAAUACAGAAGUGAGCAUUUCUGGUCUUAUGUGCGGAGAUACCGUAAUUUAAGGGAAGAUGCAGAUAUAGCAAACAGUCAAGAACAGAUAGCUCUAAACCAAGUUAGAAGACAAAUGCGCUCCUUUUCUAUAGGAAUGCUAACAGUACGGUUGUAA